AUGGCCAAGCCGGCCUCGACCACGGCAGCGCCGGAGUUGACCUCGACCACGGCCGCGCCGGAGUUGACCACGACCACGGCCGCGCCGGUCUCCAUCUCCUCCAUCUCCUCCAUCUCCUCCAUCUCCUCCAUCUCCUCCAUCUCCGCCAUCGGCAAGGUUGAUGAACAGCCCGAUGGAUCUUUCCAUUUGAGUCAAACUCAGUAUGUGGAAAAGAUACCUGAAGUGUAUGCCAGUGCGGGCCGCAAGAAAGAGCCCGAAGCAGAAACAACGGAGAAAGAGAAGAGCGCGUUGCGAGCGACACUUGGUUUGCAAUGCAAGGUGAUUCCUGUAGGAUGGCAUGCUAGCAAAAUUGUGGCCACAGCCACGCCGGCGAAUUGUCCGGAAAGCAGUUAUGGUGAUGACUUGGCAGCUGGCUCGGAAAUUGGUUUUGCCUUGGCAGCAAUACCCUUAUGGCCGCUGGCCUUGAAAGAUGUGGACGAAGCGAAGCGCAAAAAGUGUGCCCGAGAUCUGCUGAGGAGCGCAGGCAGCUUGGAGGAAGAGGAGCUUGGCGCAGAUGACAGCGGAGGCUUGUGGGACAUGUGCCGUUUGAAUGAGGAUCACGAAGCCUUGAUUGAAGCUGGCGAAGACGAAGAUCUGCCAGAUGUCAGCGACAGCCUCUUUUCUGUUUGCCCUUGGGGCGGGUGCGAGGUCAGUUUGAGGGAAGAUGAAUGGACAAUUUUUUGCGAGGUUCACGAGGAUUUGGUGACUGUCGUAAGAGUGCACGAACCCUUGAAACGCGAUCUUUCUGCUCACCCACUUGUGCUGCAAUGGUGCUCUCCUGCAUCUGGCAAGCAGAAAUACAUUGCUGUGGCCUUCACUGUCCGAAAGCCUCUCUGGGACAUGGUCAUGUUUCAAUUGGAGCCGCUGAAUGGCCAUAACGGCCUCGACUGCCCCUUUGUCUUGGAGCUCGAAGGUCAAGACAGAGGAUUCUCGCUUCAAUCCUUGCGCUCCGAUAUGGAAUUCUGCAUGGAUCUUGCAAGAGAAGCCUCGGAGAUGAAGCAGAUUCAAAGGGCUGCUAAAGCUGCAAAGCUAGCGCAAGGUCUGACAGCUAUCAGAAAACGAAAACGAAGGACCCAAGGCAAGCGGAAGACAAGUCAGAGGCCGCUGGCCGCAUCAGCUGCGCAAGACAUCUCAGAUGCACAGUGGGCAUCGGAUUCUGAUUCUCUCACAGAAGAUGCAGAAGGGGCGGAUGGAAACCCGAGUAUGCCCGCAAGCCUUGGGAAAGGCAGAUGCGCUGCGCCUCCAGGUCCAGCCGUCAGGUUGGGGAGCUAUAUCUGCGGGCGAUAUUGCGAUCGGGGCAACACUUUGUCUUGCAAGAAGGCAGUGAGCCGUGGUAGCACUCUGACCGAUGCUGUGUGCAUCUUGCGCCUCAAGUGA